AGAGACCGCAUUUAAACACUGAUGUAGAAAUUCACGUGCCAAUUAAAAUGUACAAUUACGUCACAAAGAAGUUGUCGCGUGUUGACCUACAGCCAAUCAUUUUAGUCCAUGAUUUACAAAGUGUAAUUGACCAAGAGCAAGCAUCCAUGCAGAAUCCUGAUUACGUCAUUGACUCAACAGGCACCAUUAUGACGUCAUUCAGUCAUACCAAAAACCAGGAUAUCGUGGGAAAAUUUGCAAGACAUUCCGAGAUCGACAGCUGGCUUACCAGCAUGGCGUUACAAUACCCUACACUCGCUAAAGUGGAAUCCCUGGGAAUGUCGCACGAGGGUAGAGACAUGAAGAUCAUUAAGCUUGGCAAAAACGAUGAAGGGAGGGCUAAGCCAGUGAUUUGGAUCGAGGCUGGGAUCCAUGCUAGAGAAUGGAUUGCACCCGCAACCGCUAUUUACACAAUAAACAAGUUGUUGACAGAGUAUGGGUCAGAUUCUGACGUGACUCGGUUAAUGGACGAGUUUGAUUGGCACAUCAUCCCCUCCGCCAACCCUGAUGGUUACGAGUACAGCCACACUACG